CAAAAGAGGUCGAAAAUAAAUAUGUCAAACAAAAACAGUAAAUUGUAUAAAUGAUAUUAUUAUUUACAGUUUUUGAAUGCUGAUGUAUAAGGCCGAUAGUGUUUAUGAUAUAAUGUGAUUUAUACAAAAACUGCAAGCGACUAAAUUAUUUAACAAACAAAAAUAUGGAUUUUGAUAAAAUAUGUCGUAUUUGCCUCGAAUCCGACCAAAAAGAAAAAUACGACAUUUACACUAAUAUUUAUGUUAAAACGAAUACUCUAUACGUGGAAAUGCUUUUAAAUUGUACAAAACUUAAUCCAAGUAAAGAUGAUGGAUUACCCAAGUUAAUCUGCAAAGACUGUACUAGACAGCUUAAACGCGCAUAUACAUUCAAUAUACAAUGCGAAGAAAGUGAUAAAAAAUUAAGAUCUCAUUUGAGUCAUAAACAAAUUAUAAAUGGAUGGAAAGAAGUCACUGGCGACUGUAGUAUCAAGGUUGAAGAUUUUAAUGAGAAGAUUAUUAAUGGUGAUGUUGUAAGCGGAUUACAAAAUACAGUCAAACCUGUUGAAGAUCUGAUUAAAUCAGAUGAUGGAAUUAAACUUGAACCAGAGUACAAAAUAGAAGAUGAAGACAGUUGUUGGGAUGCUGAUGAUGAUAAUUUACUCCUCAAAGAAAUCAAGUCUAAAAGAGAAUCUAUAGAUGAUUUGAAUGGUGAUGAUCAACCUAAAAAGAAAAAAGGAAAAAGAAAGAGAAAUGCAGAUAAUGAAACUAUAACAGAUGAGAGACAUGUACCAGAGAGCAAGUUACCACAUCAGUGUGAAGUUUGUGGCAAAUUCCUAAGUACAAAGAGUAACCUAAAAGCGCACAAAAUAUGUCACAGCGAUUUGCGGCCUUAUAAAUGUGACAAAUGUCCAUCAGCAUUUAGAGGUCACAGCACACUGAAUCAACACAAGAAACUCCACACAGGAGAGACUCCGUACCACUGUGAAUAUUGUCCAAAGAAGUUCAGUCGACGCACUGGUCUUGUUAAUCAUAUACGUAUGCACACAGGUGAAAAACUGUACAGCUGUGAUAUAUGCUUCAAGAGUUUUGUCCAAAGCGCACAGUUAUCUAUACAUAUGAAAAGGCACAAAGGUGACAAACCAUAUCUAUGUCAGGACUGUGGGAAAGGUUUUCCAAUUAAAGCUGAUUUGAAAGUACAUCAAAGGAUACAUAAUGGUGAAAAGCCAUAUUCUUGUCAUAUGUGUGAGAAAACAUUCGCUACUUCGGGCAAUCUGUCAAUACAUGUUAGGAUUCAUAACAAGGAAGUAAGAUACAAAUGUAAAGAAUGUCAACGAGGUUUUGUCACGUGCAGUGCUUACAAUGUACAUUUAAAGAGACACAAAGGUCAAAGAGAUUAUCAUUGCGAGUGCGGUAAAACAUUUUACACGUCUUCGGCAUUAAAACAACAUAAAGUCGUUCAUACGGGAGAAAAGAACUACAAAUGCAAAAUAUGCGAUAGAAAAUUUUCGCAAUCCAGUCAUUUAGGGAGACAUUUUAAGCGUGAUCAUGCAAAACAAAUACCCGUGCCAUCAUCUAAUUAUUAUAAAUUAAUUGUUAUGCCUGAAACAAAUAAACCAACUUUCGACGUAUUUAAUCAGCAAAUGGCGCCAAAUGAAAAUGUCAAAUGUGAAGGGUCAUAGUGUUGACAUAUAGACGUUUAUUAAAAUAAUUUUAUUAUUUUUUUAAUUCAGAAGUACAAUUUACAAGCGAUCCAUUUCAGAACCAAAUACGCUUUCAAAAUACAAAAAAUCCACCAUACACAUAUUAAUCUCUUUAAUAUGUUAUAGUUUUAUAAAAUUUUACCAAAUCAAACUAGCUUUCUCUAUUUAUUUAAAUUCACUGCAUUUUUG